GGAGCCGCCAUUUUGGAUGCUGAUUCGUGGUUCCGAGGCCGGCGUCCGCUGUUUUCACUUCUGGGUUCGGUCAGGAGGAAUAGGGCAACAUGCUGGGCUCUGGAUUUAAAGCUGAGCGCUUACGAGUCAAUUUGAGAUUAGUCAUAAAUCGUCUUAAACUACUGGAGAAAAAAAAAACGGAACUAGCCCAGAAAGCCAGGAAGGAGAUUGCUGACUAUCUGGCCGCUGGGAAAGAUGAACGAGCUCGGAUCCGUGUGGAGCACAUCAUCCGGGAGGACUAUCUCGUGGAGGCCAUGGAGAUCCUGGAGCUGUACUGUGACCUGCUGCUGGCUCGGUUUGGCCUCAUCCAGUCUAUGAAGGAGCUAGAUUCUGGCCUGGCUGAAUCUGUGUCUACAUUGAUCUGGGCAGCUCCCAGACUCCAGUCAGAAGUGGCUGAAUUGAAAAUAGUUGCCGAUCAGCUCUGUGCCAAGUACAGCAAGGAAUAUGGCAAGUUGUGCAGGACCAAUCAGAUUGGAACUGUGAAUGACAGGCUAAUGCACAAACUGAGUGUGGAGGCCCCGCCCAAAAUCCUGGUGGAGAGAUACCUAAUUGAAAUUGCCAAGAAUUACAAUGUACCCUAUGAGCCUGACUCUGUGGUCAUGGCAGAAGCUCCUCCUGGUAUAGAGACAGAUCUUAUUGAUGUUGGAUUCACAGAUGAUGUGAAGAAAGGUGGCCCUGGAAGAGGAGGAGGGGGCGGGUUCACAGCACCAGUCAGUGGACCUGAUGGAACAGUGCCCAUGCCCAUGCCUAUGCCCAUGCCAUCUCCAAAUACACCUUUCUCAUAUCCACUGCCAAAGGGACCAUCGGAUUUCAAUGGAUUGCCAGUGGGGACUUAUCAGGCAUUUCCCAAUAUUCAUCCACCUCAGAUACCAGCAACUCCCCCAUCGUAUGAAUCUGUUGAUGACAUUAAUGCUGAUGAGAAUGUCUCUUCUGCACAGAUUGUUGGUCCUGGACCCAAGCCAGAAGCCCCUGCAAAGCUCCCUUCCCGGCCUAUGGAUAACUACGACAACUUUGUACUACCGGAGUUGCCAUCUGUGCCAGACACACUACCCACCGCAUCUGCUGGUGCCAGCACCUCAGCAUCUGAAGACAUUGACUUUGAUGAUCUUUCUCGAAGGUUUGAAGAACUGAAAAAGAAAACAUAGGCCCCUUUAAUCUAGGCAAUUUCUAAGUUCUGGGAGUUGAGACUGAGCAGAUUCUCCAUGUAACAAAGAAUCUCCAUGAAAUUCCGUUUCAUCUAUUAACCAUCACUGAGCACACUUCCUCUGGGCUCUCUUCCUACUUCUCCAGAUUCUGCUGCUUUCCAGUUCUCUAUUGAUCCUAAGAGACUAACAGGUGGCUCCUGGCAGCUGUGCUUGCCAUUUCCUGUCAGAGGGAUCCCAGGUUCUCUCUUGGCCUCUCCAUAGGAGUGGGAAGAUGAACACAUUGUGGGGAGAGCCACCAGAGAGGGCACGACAGUGAAGGAGAGCACCCCAUGAGCCUCUCAGUCUCAUGUUGAGGUUCCAGAUGUAGAAACAGGCCCCUCUGUCCGGGGUUGAGGUGAGAGAAUCAAGAUCAUGGUGUGUCUUUUCUCUGUAAUGUGAAUGGGAGAGAGAGAACAUGACUCCGGAAGCCAUUAUGAUGACAGUUCCUGGAAGCUGGCCCUUUCGUUGGUAUCUACACUCCUUGCUGCAGGGCACUGUUCCACCUGGAUCCAGUUGUAAAAUUUGUUUGAAAAGUUGAAGUCCUCGCUUAGUUCUGCUGGAUUCUCAGGGAGCCCUCUGUGGCCUUUGCUUUAUUUUGAGUGCUGUGUUUCCCUUUUACAAGAGGGCAGCACUGUAGCAAUUUCUGUUUUCCACAUGGCAUGUUCUGUUGGAUUGCAUCUCUGGCAGAGGGAGGACAGGCCACAUACUGGGCAGAAGCUGCCAUUCAAGCCUUCGUGGGCUUCCAGCUGCCUUAAUAGAAGUACUCAAGACUCUUGGGUAGUGAGCUGGAAAGCCUACAGGAAAAGAGGGGUACCUGUUUUCAUUUGAAAACUUUAUAACUAAUGGAAACUUUAAAACUGAUCUCAGAUAACUAUUUUUGGUGCCCACAUGGCUGUAGUUCACUGCUUUCCUGAAUGGAUGCGACUCUUACUAUUGUAGCUCACGUGCUCCUCUGCCCCUUAGCUAAGACUGUCCUUCCUCACAGGGAUGGCUUCACUUCUGUGUAGUCUAUCUGUACAUACCUGUUUGGAGCAACUUUUCUUUAAAUGGUUCUGGUUUGUAUCUCAUAGCUCAGUAGCUGCUAAUAAAGUUAGAAGAUCCUGUG